GUAAUAAUGGAAUCCUGCUGCAAACCCGGCCAAACCACCAGCUUCGUCAAGCAAUGCAAGCUCACGAAGAGCGAUGGCAGCGUGGUGGACUGCGAAUGCACCUGCAAAUGCCAUUGCAAAUCCGACCAGCAGAAUUGCAAGUGCAACUGCAACUGCAAUUGCACCGAAGCCACGGCCACUUUGGGCGCUGACGGAAAGUACAGGUGUACUUGCGAAUGCGAAUGUUAAAUAUAUCAAUUAUGAAUAUGUUAAUGUUAAUGUUCAUCUAUCUUCAGAUGAAUGUUAAUUUUUUAUGUUAUGUUUGCUUAUUAUACGCUUGUAUUUACUAAUUGUAAUACCUAAUUGAAUAAAUU